UGGAAUCCAACAUCUGGCAUUGGGCUAGACAUCUGGCAUCCUAGUCCCAUCCACCUCUAUGAUUUAAUAAAGCUCUAGGACUGACCAUUCUGGCAUAGUUUCGCAUCCUCCUUUGAUAUCUACACAUCAAACCACUCACUCAGGCCCCUCCUUUGGGCCUGCGGUUCAGAACAGGCACUUGGCACAAAUUUCUGCCCCCUAAGAAAUUCUGCUUUCACUUUAAAGGGGGAAAACCUAUUUCUAGUCCCUGGUGAUUUCAAGGCAGAAUGACCGCUCCCCGCUUAAAACGGGGGGGGGUGCCCUUUGCGUGGACGCGUGCAGCCCUGGAUCUGGAGCGGCCCCAUCAGCAUAGGCUUGGCUUUGCCUUCCCUCAGGUGGGAUACCUGGAGGUCCCCGAAAGACACUGCUAAUAGCUUCUCCCGGAUCUCAUACCCUUUCUCCCCAAACUUCUUUUCAGGAAUUUCUGCCUUGAAGUGUCAUCACUACAGCUACAUAGAUCAUCCCACAUUCAUGUUAUAUACAACACAGGAGUACAUUAGUAACUGUUCCAGUGCUGAGAAUGUUUGCACAAUUGCACAACUUGCAUUAAUUAUAGGUAAGUGCUGCUCUGUCAGAUGGAUCCUGUGUGGCUGCUAGAUUUUUGAGAGGAAUAGCAUGAAAUUACUUACAACCCCUCAAAUUCCCAGCGGGAUUAACUGGGGCCUGAAAUGAUGCUUUGCAUGCUUUCAGAAUUGAAGUACUCAAAACAUGUUUUGAUUCAUUUUAUUUUAUAUUUGCUGAUUUAUGUACAAAUCCCUGCACUCCAUUUAUUUCUUUUUUAAUAAAGAAAAUUCUUAGCUGUUUCUGAGCGUUAACACAACCCAGUUCAGAUGUAAGACUAAGCCAUAGGUUAGUGCAGGGACAGGGGACCUCUGCCCUCCCCCCCCAGAUUUUGUUGGAUCUCAACUCCUACCAUCCCUAACCAUUGGUUAUACUGGCUGGGGCUGAUGUGAGUGGAAUCCAGCAUCUGGCAUUGGACUAGAUGACGCUUGUGGUCCCAUCCAAAUCUUUGAAAUCUGGAGGGGCGUAGAUUCCUGUCCACAAUGUAGUGUUACAAGAGCAACCUUCCAUAAGUUUCCCUGGGUUUUGACAUUGCAGAGAAGUAUGCCUAUUUCAAAUACAAAAGCAGAAACCUUAUAUCUCCUUGUGGCACAAGUGAACACAAAGGACAAGGGAGGCUGGUGCAUACCUUCCUUGAGUUAUUUUGCUAGGCUGGUCUGCAUGAUAGAAAUAUGAUGUGCCUUUUGCGUGCUUCAGUGGGGGGUUGACAAAUGUGAGAGUGUAGAAAAGCUCUGGAUUUUGCAUGGCUGGGAUGUAGGACAGGACAAGUUGCACCCAUUGCUCCAUCCAGAAUUCCUUCUGUCUCUUGCGUCAGGUGCCCCACGAUGUUUGCCCACAACUGUGGGCUGAUUUCCAACCCCGUUAUUAGGCUUCUGAGGUAUAACAACAGCCAGGAAGUGUGCCCCCUCCCCCCCAAAAAACAGGCAUAAGCAGAAAGAACUGUGUCAGCAGUUUCAAGGGGCACUUACAUAACCCAAAUUACCUCCACCUCAGCACAAAACUAGCCACAAACCAGAGAAAAGCAGGCAGCUUUGGCAGCCACUCCACCGCACCAAAUCAUAUAUAAAUCACCCCCAGAGUAAAACUGGUCAAGGUAAGAUCUUUGGAACACCCUGCCACUGCAUCAAUCUAUUGUUUCUAUAUAUGUAUCCACCCUCGUUUUAGAUAAAGACCUUUUGAUAAUGGGCUACAAAGGCUGCGCCAGCAAGGACCCUCGGGAUGGACCCAUAUCAAGUUUCUCUGGUGACCAACACUUUGCCGUCCAGUACGAUGAGAGCUACUGUCUUGGUGACCUUUGCAACGGGUAUUCGAAAAAGUGGAAGGUUCCCAAGACCCCUAUCGAGGACACAGGUAUUUUUUUAAAAGGCCACCUGACCGUUAAGUGAGAACUCAGUUUCACUUGUUGGGUGGUUGGUUGUCAAUAGGGAGGCUUGAAGAAUUCAAUUUUGGAGAUUUCUAAGGCAAGCAGCCCUGUUCCCCAACUCUUGGGCUCCUAUGCCAAAGAAAAGGUAACCCCGCUUCUCAAGAAAUGGACAGGACAGUGUGCUUUAGGGUGUAAUUUAGCUGCAAGAGCAUAGGAAAGGUUUGGCGGAGUGGGAACAUGGGGUGCGCUGUAGGGGAGGGGUGAGCUGGGGUAAAGGGAGGGGACGUGCUCAGGUGUGGGGUUUGACAAAGAGUCUGGCAGGUUUGGCAAGUGGAGAAAGGCAAGGGCAGCAGCUCCUAGUAUGUGCAAACAUUCGCACACAUUCUAUCUUAGAGAAUUGCAAUGCAAAAUUUGAGAACGUUUGGGUUUCAAAGGAUAGCUUUUUUUCUUCAUGUAUCGACCUAUACUCAUAUGUAUUCAUUUAAAUGGGUUUACCCUGAGUACAAUUAAGGUACUGACUGCUUUGUAAAGGGAAAAUUAAGUAGGUUCACUUUGAUAUGCAAAGCAAACCGAAAGAUCCACCCCCCCAUCAUUAGUGAAGACACAGAAUAAUGGGGGAGCCUCCUAUAAAGGGGACCACCCUUUUCAACCCAGCCCCACUUUAGCAACUUAAUGGGGUGACUGAUGCUCAACAGGCCCCUUGCUCUUCAUUUUGAUUUCUUAUUGCAGCAGCUGAAGGAAGCAGCUCCAACCAGUGUUACUCAGGCUUUGAUUCGACCUACUACGGAAUACUCCAGCAGACUAUGAGAUGCGGCAGGGGCUACAACCAAUGUUACAAUGGCAGUAAGGUCAUUUCAGUUGGUGAGUUCAGCCUAGGAAAUUUAUUCCACAGCUCCUGGUCUACAAAACAUUUUGCCCCCUGCUGAACAGGACUUGUUGGGAAGCAUUCUUUGCAAUUAAUUGUUCAACCUCCCAACCUAUGCAAAUAUGAUUUAUGAGUGUGUGGCCAAAGCCAUUACAGAGGAUAAAAUACAUAAAAGAUUAUAAAAUACAUUACAGAGUUAAAAUAAAUAAUUAAAAUAGUUCUUAAAACCAAAUGUUAUGUCAGUUCAGAGUUUACUCCCUGGUAAAAUUUAACUUACUCCCACAGAUUUCCACCUCAAAAUUGCCGCUCUAAGGCAAAACAGGCCAUUUUUUCAGAGGUGAAGGGGGCCCUGCCCCCUAAGAACUCAUGGAUGUGGGUUACGCCUCAGGCUCCAUGUUCUUCACAAUUCCCUGUGGCGUCCCACUGCAUGCUGGGAAAAGAGGGGCAACACCUCUCAUGCCUAACGUUUUGUGCCUUUCUUUUCUUCCCUUCCUUCCAAACAUCAACAGGAGGCCUCCAAACAUCAAUGAUCUUCAGAACCUGCCAGCGCCCAGCCUGCAUUGAUAUGAGAACUGAUUUCACCAGUAAUAUAAAUAUCACCAGCGAGUGGGGGUCGUGUUGCUCCGGCAGCAAUUGCAAUAGUCAGAUAAUUAACCCAACCAAUUUUGGUGUGAGGAGCACCACCAACCCAUACCUGUCUUAUGAUCAUUAUGGGUCAGGUUUCCAAGGGCUCAGUCUUCAACUUUGCCCUUUCCUGGCAGUCCUAGGAACCACCAUCCUCGGGAUAUGGGGGUGAGGAAGGGGGUUUGGGAGCACCUGAACUGCUGGAACCUGCAUUUGGGUUUGGAAGGGCUGUGUUGUGGAGCAGAAAGGAAGGGAGGGAGGGAGGGA